AUGAACAUAAAGGAGGGUAGCAUCUUCGUAUGGGACCAAGCCACGUUCGACCUGCUCCUAAAAUCGAACCUUUUUAAUUACAUCCAUGUGAGGUUGAGUCACGACAAGGAGAAACAUAAACAUUUGCUACAAAUGGACCUAGUGGAAAAUAAAAAAUUUUCAUUUGUCCCAUCCAUAUCGAAGAGCUUUAACUCUCUCUUUGAUUUUUGCAUGAACGUUACUUUUGGUUACCUGCACAGCAUUAACUAUGGGGACAAGCUCAGGUUGAAAUUUUUUAAAAAUCUGAGUUACAAAAAUAACAAGCAUGACUACGAUAUGGUCUUCGUGAACGACACUGUGGAGUUGGAGAAGCUACGGAGCAACUCACCUGCGUAUUUCAUUUGGGGGGUCAACGUCAGCCAAGCUUUCAAGAAGGAGCUAGACAGCUCAGCCCUGAGUGAGUGCGUAAAUAUUAUGAACAGGCAAGGUGAAAAUGGGGAAAAAAAAGGGAGCAUAAAUGUGCAGGGAGGUUUUAACCAUCCGGGGAAGUGCCCCUCGGGGAAGCGGGAGUUGCUCCCCAGCGGGUCCUCCCCGCAGCGGAAGAACAUCUACAGCUACCUGAACAGAGGGAAGGUCUUCCUUUUUGCUAUCAGGAAAAUACGCAACACCGUUUUGGAGAUCAAAGUGAAAGCGAAAAAGGAGCUUUUUCACAAUUUCCUAUACUUCUUGAAGGAGAAAAAAUAUCAUUCAGAGGGACCUACCCACUCAGGAAGGCUCUUUCCCUCCCGAUUCCUCUCCUUUUGGAGAAGCCCAAACGACAGUGAGGUGUUAUCCAACCAACUGUACAAUAUAUACAGAUCCAAACUGAAGCUGUCUAGCUGUUUAAACGCCUACUCCUCCAGCUGGUUUGAAAAAUCAAAAUUUAUGAAAUCUUUUUUCAACGUAAAGAAUAAAAUGGAUUUGGUUUUCUACUUCAAUACGGAUAGGAGGUUUGACCCGACGGGGGAGGGAAAUUCCUCCGUGGGGGGAACGGAUGGGAGUAAAGCCGAUCUGAAGACAACCAUGCUGUCUUUUUUUAAGCAAGCUAAUAGGAAGAGGGGGGGAGGCUUCCUCUCCUUGGACCAAAUAAAAAACGUGUACUUAAACUACACCUUUUCCUUCCAAAAGAAUUACAGAGUAAAUAUGUUUGACUUUUUUUGUAAGCUCAAACGGGUGUUGACCUACCGGGGGGGGAGUUCGAGAGGAGCAGCAAAACCUCUCGCCACUGGGGAAGAGGCCCCUCUCGUCCUGGUCCCCCUAUACAAAUGCAAACUAAUCAUGAACCAAGUUCACCUUUUACUAAACGUGGCUUUUUUUUUCAAAAGGGGAUUAUGGGAUUUACGGCAGGGUUAUAACUGCCUCUCCAGUUGGGGCUGGGGAGGAGGUGAGAGGAAUGGGAAGGGUCCAUGGUCGUACUGCUACCACCAAGUGAAAGGACUGUUCCGUGGGAAUAGGGCACGGACUGGGAAGAGGGAUGGCCCCAAUUUUGAUGAAGACUUAACGCGGAUCACCCUCCCGAGUGGAGACACAACGACGGGGAGUAGCCCCCCCAACAGCACGACGUAUAACGUAUGCAAUGUCAACCUGAACGACGCGCAGAAGGAGCAAGAAAGCAAGAUCAACCUCACGAUGAAUUACAAACUGAUAUUGCCCGUACUGUUUGAGAAUUACUUUCUUAACCUGAUGGACUUGAGGCUCUACCUCUUCCUCAACUGCAGCCUGUUUGGCAUAGGGGGUAGUAGCGGUAGUAGCAGCACUAGCAGUAGUGAUAGUGGCGGGGGUACUCCCCGCGGGGGCAAGCCGCCUAACGCCAUGAGCGAGGACAGCCGAAAGAGCGCCUUGUACAACUACCUCAAGUUGUCCUUUCUCAAAAACAAGAGGAAGAUGCACCACUCGGCGUUCGGCUUGGGGCUGCUUCUGUCAAACAUCAACAUUUUUUUUAACUUCCAGAUUGGCCGCCACUCUCUGCUGCCCUCGCUCGUUUUGCAGCUCGACGAAGGGACCUCCCGCUUCGGGUACCUCUCUACCAACCCUAGUGGAAAUUUGGAUGAGACAUACAUCAGGCAGGUCCUGAGCAUCCCUAAGGAGGACUUCCAAAAUGAAGAUAUCAUAAUAAAGCAAACAGUAGACAAAGGGACAGAAGAAAUGAUAAACCAACUGCUGGAACAUCUCAAUGUAGAAUACCAGAUGAGGUACUAUUACCUCUUUCUAAAUUAUUACCUGACCAUGCAAACUUUGUUCAUGUCCCCCUUAAUUGACUUAACCUCGGAGGAGUUAAAAAAAAUUGUAAAUAAAAUUGUGCACAUUAAAAGAAUGACCUAUCCACCUGUUACUAUAUACGACGUACUUUCCUUUCAAUACAGCAGUAUUGCAUUUUUUAAAUCUUCUCACGACAACUUGGCUUCUCCAGUAAAGAAGGUAAAACUUGUGGGGGAGACCAUCGAACGUGGAGGAAUACCCACUACGUUUUCGAAGAAAGUAAUCAUGAAAGAUGUGAUCAGUGCGAACAUCUCUCUCAAGGAGAAGUACAACAAGGUGAAGCGUCACAACGAGGGGAACUUCGGGGGGAGGUACAAGGCUCGCAAUUAUUACGACUCCUCCAGGAGGUAG